CAGCGGCUGCGGGCGCGUCCCGGCGGGGCUGCCCCCCUGCCCCGUCCCGUCCGCGCCGGGACCGGGGGCAGCAUGGAGACUGUGUUGCUGGAGCACUUCCCCGGGGGGCUGGACUCCUUCUCCUCGCCCCCCUACUUCGACGAGGAGGACUUUUUCUCCGAGCCGCCCCCGCGGGACGUGCUGACCGCGGACGGGCUGCUGGAGCCGGACGUGGAUUUCCUCAGCCGGCAGCUGCAGGAGUACUACCGCGACGGCGGCGACCCCGAGGGCGGCUACCGCUGCCCGCCGCCGGCCGCCGCCUUCCCGCCGUCUCCCGCCUCGCCCGGCUUCGCCUACGAAUGCUGCGGGGCGGCGGGCGCGGCGCUGCUGUCCCCCGGGGGGCGGCUCCAGGCGCUGGGCUCGGCCAAGCGGCGGCGGCGGGUGCGCUCCGAGGCGGAGCUGCAGCAGCUCCGGCAGGCCGCCAACGUGCGGGAGCGGCGGCGGAUGCAGUCCAUCAACGACGCCUUCGAGGGGCUGCGCUCUCACAUCCCCACUCUGCCCUACGAGAAGCGCCUCUCCAAGGUGGACACGCUGCGCCUGGCCAUCGGCUACAUCAACUUCCUCAGCGAACUGGUGCAGUCCGACCUGCCGCUGCGCAGCUCCAGCAGCGAGAGCCCCAGCCAGCCCAAGAAAAUCAUCAUCUGCCACCGCGGCACAAGAUCUCCCUCCCCGAGCGACCCCGACUACGGACUCCCCCCUCUGGCCGGUCACUCGCUGUCGUGGACUGAUGAAAAGCAGCUCAAGGAACAAAACAUCAUCCGGACAGCCAAAGUGUGGACCCCCGAGGACCCGCGGAAGGUGAACAACAAACCCUCCGUCAACGACAUAGAGAACGAGCCCCCCUUCGACUACGUGGCGUGAGGCGCCGCGCGGGUGGUCCCCGCCCCCUCCCGCUCUGUACAUGCUGUAUGUAGAGACCUAUAUUGUAAAUGUAAUUUAAGAUUCAGACUCUAAGGGCAAUCAACUUUAUUUAUGUAUUUAUUACGAAGUAGUGAUAAUGAGGUAGAAUCGUCUGUUUUGAAUAUAUAAUUUAUAUAAUUUAUCUUGAUUUUUUUAAGAUAUGCAAUAGGUUUUUUCCACCAGCACUUUUUUUUUUUUUUUUUUUUUUUUUUUUUUUUUUUUUUAAUGGGGGAAAUAUGCCAGAACCCAUGAAAAUAAUUUAUUGCCGCACGUGGACUCUCUUUGUGUUUUGUUAAUAAUAAACCCAAAUUGUACGUUG